CUUUCCUUGACAUUUCUACCAAGCCGGCCUUUCCACUAACAUCCGAUCUCUUUUCCAGCUGAGCUCGCUUAGGUUUCGCUUCAAAAUUUUUUUAGUUAAGAAGGACGCCAGCGUAGUUCAAAAUGGUCUGGAUUUGUGGUCGCGGAAAAUCGAACAAACCGCUUGUUCACAAAGAAGAAAGAACUUCAGUGAAGCAAAAGGUUUGCCACGGUGUGGGACAUGUAUUCAACGACCUCUGCAUUCAAGCUUGGUUUACAUAUCUUAUAAUCUUUUUCAACAAAAUCGUCAAAAUUUCCGCGACCGGUACUGGAUAUAUUUUUCUCUCUUCACAAGUUGCCGAUGCCAUUUCCACCCCGUUCAUCGGCUAUGGAUGCGACAAAUCAAUCUCAAAGACAAUAACAAAGAAAUUUGGAAAUAGAAAGAUAUGGCAUUUCAUCGGAACCGUUGGUAUCUUGUUGGUUUGGCCGUUCGUAUUUAGCCCGUGUCUCAUUUGCAAUGAAGAUAGUGCGGAGUGGGUUCCGGUAGCAUACUAUGGUGUACUUGCCGCUCUAUUCAGUGUUUUUUGGCCCAUGGUGGAAAUCAGCCAUUUGUCAUUGAUCCCUCAUGUCGCUAAAAGACCGAAAGAUGCGGUGGAGUUGAGUGCAAUAAGGUAGGAAAACUUAACUAGAAUGUUAGGAACUUACAAAAACAACCAGAUUGUUUUGAAAAUUUAUCGCAAGGCGUUUGGUUGGCAUAUUUCCAAGCAUCCGAUGCAAACUUUGGGCGCUACUCGUGUGGUGCUACUUGUUGCUGCCGCAAAAUAAUUUUUAUAAGCGUAUGUCAUUGUUAAUCGCUCGAAGGAAAGCCAUGCUAUUUUAAGUCGAAUUAAAAAUUUUCAAUAAAAUACUACUGUGUAAGGUCGAGAUAAUGCACUAUGAGUUCUGCUUUGAAAUUUAACCGGUUAAAAUUUGGGGAGAAAAAAAAGCUUUUGUCAAAUUCAUAUUGCAUCAUCUAUUUGACAAGCUGGGUUUCCCUGUACGUACGGCGCAUUCAGACACAAGGCCGGAAAGCGAAACAAUGCAGUCAUAUGACCUGCACAGAUGUCUUAUGAUCUGUAAUAUGAAAAAAAUAGAUGGAAUUAUCUAGUCCGUUAUUGUAAGGACAUACGUUAAUUGUAAGAAAUUGAUCAAUUGUUUAAGUGCAAAUGGCGACGAACCUUGGACUCGAAGCCAGUAUUUAUGAUAAUUCGGCAAAACAAAACAUCGCUUGAUUUAACUGCCUAGCUAAUAAACAUGCUGUUCCGGUUUCGGCUAGCAAAAACAAAAGUUUGGGAGAGAAAAUUCUGAAAUCUUUCUACGAAAGUUGAGAAAAUUAUGCCAACACCAAACGUAGGAUUGUGAAGAUCAGCGCGUGAACCCGAAGUGUGAGAAAUGUGGUUGUUUACAGUGAAACUUCAUCAAUAUGCUAUCAAGGUUACGGAAAAUUUUACGAUGUCAUCAUUGAAAAUUCCAGUCCUUAAAAAUAUUCCUCGCUUGCACGUUGAGAUCUUUUAUAGUUCAAAGGAAGUUUUCACUUGCGAGUUUUGAUCAGCCUUCGCGACAUCUGCUGUCUCUUUGGUUGGGUUUAAAGCCAGUUGAAAUUUAUUUUUACUGGAAUGAAAAUGUGGUUUUCGUAAAGGUGUGAGCUUAAAAGAGCAAGACGUUGUUACCCAUCGCCUUUACCCAACGAGAGCCUGCCCUGCGGGCAAUUAUGACAUUUUCCUCCCUUCUAGGGCCCAAAGGUGAACGGCGAACAAUUUUUUUUUCUUCUGGCAGAAAGCUUUUGUUUUUUACGAUGUAAAAAGGGUGCUUUGGGAUAGGAUUAUGGCGAUUAUCGCAUCGUUGUCAACAAUUUGUUAAGGUAAAAACCUUUUUUUACAAGAAGUAACCUAAUCGGAAAUCAGUUCUUCGAUUCGUCCUCCCGUUUCUACCAGUACUUGAAUGUGUUUGACUUCAAAUUUAUGCAGACUUUGUCUAAAACUUAUAAUGAUUUAACACUUAAUUCUUAAUUAACCUUUUGUGGAGAACUUGCCUUUUCAAUUUCACUUCUAUUGUAAUUUUUUUUUAAAUUACACAAAUAGCGCCCGCCUUGUUUUUUUGACGGAAGGAUUAUUAUAUUGUUAUGUAACCCUGCUGCUCGUUCUUCCCGUGUGCUUGAUGUGAGGGAUUUUAUAAAACAUUCCCUUUUGGACAGCAAGUUAAGCAUAUUGAAAAUAUUUACACAUUUUUUUUAUAAGCGUAAGAGAAAAUUCCUGCUCUUUGAUAACUUGCAGUCCACUUUGCCCUGCCGAGUUCUUUACCCCUGGGGCGCAUUCGCAAGACAACGGUGUCUCAGUCCAAGUUGUCGCCGCUUUUUUUCCUGUGAGAUUUUUGAGCAAGAUGGAUUUUUGUUUCGAGAGAUAUUCGUGAAGAAAGCCAACUGUAAGUAGUUUGCAUACGCUUUCGGUUUUCCACAGGAUAUCCGGAAAUUUUGAAAUAUAGUCGUCAUUUCCCACGGUGAUGAUGAUAGAGUGAAACCUUGCACAUCCAUCUGUUUUAAAAACAUGCAAUGCUCUUCUCUGGUAACCAUAUUGCUACUAUAAAUUGCAGAUAAAUUGAAGCAACAUGUAAGUUUAGACACGAAACAUUUCUAACAAUAAUAAAUAUCCAGACUGCGUGUAUUAAAACAUCUUUUGUUGUAAAGCCAGUUAUAAAGGAAAGAAGAAAAACCUCGCGUGAGAACUGCCUCUAAACUUUCACCUGAACGUUUUUUUUUUACAGUUUUCCAUUUUCCUUGCACCUUGUAUACAGUAACCCAAUCUUGUGGCUCUGUUGUGGUAUUAAAAAUAACUUGAGACUCUUGAAAUAAUAUUGUUGCUCCAAACACCAUGAUCUUGACUUGAUUCUACUUCUCGCCAUGAUUGCUAGAACGAAAACGUUCCAAACCAUGUUCAUUUUGGGUGGUGUUUCUUCCCGAAAAUUUGUAGGAAUAUUGCGAGCUAUACUAAAUCACUGUCCUCCCUACCUUACCAUAUGCAACGGAAGCCGACCGGUGCAAAUCAAAGGCAGAAUAGCCUGUGUGGUUCGCGGUGAAGCCGCGUCAACCAGCGUUUACUAGCCGUUAAUCUAGAAGGCGACAAAAAGAGCAGGUGAAAGCAGGUGAAGUGUUUCACGCGUAAAGCAAAAGUGAAAGAGACAAUAAACAAGCCAAGAUCGUCAGUAUUUCUUAUUGAUUUCGCGCUAGACCAAAACUAUAAUUAAAGUAGACUGAAACAUAUAUCGUCACAUAUACUCCGCCUCUUCGAGUAAGCUCGACCUCGAGAGGUAAAGAAGAGAAAAAAAAAUCAUGAAAUCUUACUAUGAUCGUAACGCCAUAGAACCUCGGUAUGAUCUUGGUGAUAAGGUUUGGGUGGGUGUUUAUUUUGAGAACGGACCUCUGGAGCCAGGGUCCUCUACUGGCUAAGGCAGAAAGAAGGUUUGCAGUUUUAAGUAUGUUGUGGCUCCCUCACCCACCAGGUUUGGGUGCAUAUCUAUCUAUGCGCAAGUAAACGGAAAAGUAAAAGCCGCGGAUCCAAUUCUGAUUCGGCUAUCUUCAUGACUUAAACGUUUAUGGCGUUUACAUUUUCUUUUUAUUUGGAAGUUUUACCGGGUCUUGUUGAACCAUGGAAAUGCCAAGCGAUAGUCGUUGCGCUGCCAGUGCCCCUUUGGCACGGUUGCUCUCACGUUCAUUUUGCGCGCACUGUCAACUGAUUACGUAGUCAAAUAAUUAAUUUGGGAUUUGGGGGGGAGUCGAUACGUGUUCGGCUUCGCUAAACUGCAGGACAUCUUCUUUCUUCGAAGAUAUCAUCGGACAUCCGUCGAAGAUUAGAGGGGACAUAAACGGAAAGAAAUCAGACAAACUUUUCACCGAUUAAAUACCACACAAGGUGAUGGUAGAUAGCACUGAGAUCGUUUUCAUAUCAAAGGUUAAUCUAGGCCAAGUUGGAGAGCAAGAUUAUUGGACUAUGUUUUGACGUGCACCCAGAAAAAAUUUGCCGGAAACCAUGGUAGAACGUUUGCCGUACUCGAAAUUGGAUUGAACAAGUCCGGGUUUUUUUUAUUAUUGUGCAAAAGGGACGCUUUUUUAAAAGUUUCUUGUGCUGUACGGUUUGUCCGUAGUCUUUGUCACAUGCCUUCAAAUCGCCUGGCAUUAUUUUUAAGGGACUUGGUUAGAUACGUGUUAAAAAUAACAGAGCAACGUAACAUUAUACCGAGAAGGUUUCUAGGUUUUCAAUCAUUUCCGGCUCAGUAGUAUCACUGAACAUGUAGGAAUGGAACAUGAAAGACCCUGACAGUUUACCUGCCCGGAAAUCUAUUUUACAGAUGCGUAAUAAUCGUAGAUCCUAGAGUCAAUGUCGGAGGUAAAGUAAGAAGUCUUGCGGACAGUUACCCUCACAAAUUUGUUUUCGUCGUUUUCAACUGUAGUCUUCGAAGUAUAGUUCAGGUUUGCAAAAUGAAAAUUUUGUUCAAGGCCUCUUAUGAGAGGAAAAGGAUGUAUAAUUCAUUUUCGAUUUGUGUUACUAGUUCUUGACCAAGCCAGGGGAGUACAUGGGAGUAGCUAUGUGCACGCGCGGCACGCGCGGACGCACGUGCGCACCUGGAAAGGUCGAAAGUUAAAAAAAAGUAACAUAAAAUGGCAUAUAAUAAAUAAAAUGAAAAAAGCAAACAAUAAAAAAAUUGUCUCAGUUAAGAUGACUCUGUUUCUUUGAAAUAUUUUUUCGAAAACGACGGACCUUUUUUCUUUUUUUUUUUCCUCUCUCUCUUUUUUUGCUCACCCGAAUGUUGGAUCCGAUACUUAGAAGCGAUGUGAUUCAUCGGUGGACCGAAACUUGAAAAGUAUAAUUAGAGAAAAAACUGGAAAUAGCGCUCAGAUAGCAGGUCGUUAAGGCGUUGGGAAAUUGUUCUCACCUCUAGAAAAGUCCUGGACUACCUUACAGUUCAUCGCCAUCUUUUUGCCAAUACUGUAACUUAUUUCCAAUUUCAGAAGGAAGGCAAGAAGAAUGCGUUCUCAGUACUUCGAGUUAAGUUCUGAUAAGUUAACGAUAUUUUCUCAGGCAGUUCACCCAAAAGCAGAGGACUCGCAUCAAUAUUGAGCGCGGGUCAUAAACACGAACUUUGUAAACGAGUAUUGGUGAAACUGAUGCUUAAAAAUGUUUGUCUUUUCUUUGUUUCCUUAGAUCUGCACUGAAGUUGGGGAGCGGAGUUUUUGUGUACGUGGUGACAUGGAUUCUUUUAGGACAAAAUAGCGAAGAAAAUGUGGACGAGUCCGCCAAGAAACAAUUCACGGUAGGAGACUCGAGAGAACUCCAGUCGGUUGAUUCUAAAGUGAAACCUCUAUAUAACGAACGUCUACACAAGGAACAAUAUUCUCUGCCCUAGUUUUAGUAAAAUAUAUGGAAAAUAACCUUGAUAUAACGAAACCUACCCAAUCCCUUGGUCCUUCGUUAGCCUUUUCCAGGGCGGCGUACGUUUUAGCUCGCUCCCCACCAUCCGAACACCGCGCUCUACUAUCUGACCGCCUGCAACAGGCUAGUCCUUCGUUAAAUCGAGGUUCCACUGUACUGAUAUACAACUGCCUUCCCCCUUAAACUCCAGUAUUAAAAGUACUGGAAGGACCGUAAUGUUGUUUUUGUUUUUGUUUUAUUUUAUUUUACUACUCUGGUGCACUUUAUUUUUUGGGGGUGGGCGCUUAUUCGUCGUUGGGCGGUUAUUCGAAUAAAUACGGUAUAUAUAAAAAAUCCUGCACCGAAAAAUUUUACGCUUUUCUGGUUGUUUUUAAUGAUCUGUCCCUCAACGGUUUCAAAAUUAAUUAUGACUUCGACAAAAUUCUCAAAUCUGAUUGGCUAUCAGCUACCCUAAUUUCAUCAUUAUUAUAGGACAGUACCUCAAAAAACGUUAAGUUCUAAUUUUAAAAAAUUAAACAAAUCGGACUUCCGCUACGUGGUCAUCCGAUUUUGUUAAUCACUCGCAUGAUUAAAGACCGAGUUGGACUCCACUCAGUCCUAUUACCAUUGAAUGAGAAAAAAAAUAGGUGUGACCCAUUCUCUUUUGUUCUUAAUUUAAAAUGUUCAGUUGAUGUCAGACAAAGAAACCGGGGGCGCUUUCCAUUUACGAAAAAAACCCGGAAAUUUCGGUGGUAGCAAAAGUGGAAUUUCCGAUUGGUAAAAAGUUGUUCCAUUUGGUCGUAAACCCCGGUACGUGGCGCGGUGCCCGACCGUGGACCUGGAACUGGUACAAACUACGAGAAACGUAAAUGGCACACGACAUUCCGUUCGGAAAUUCCAACCGGGAAAACGGGACCACCUUUUUAGAUUUUCCACUUUUUCUGGGAAUUUUCCAGUGGGACGAACCGACGAAACGUGUUCCAUUUACCGCCGAACCGGAAAUUCCGGAAAUUUUGACUAAAUGGAAAGCGCCCCGGUAAAUGACGCCCACCACGAGAAAAAGGAUUGUGAUUGUAGUGUUAACCAAUAAUUAUGUAUUGCCUUUUUGCAGUAUCAAUCAAUAAUCGUGAUGCUUACGGGAAGUUUUUUCUCCAUCAUAUUUCACUUGGGAGUUGAGGACGAAGAUGACUCUUCAGGUAUGCAUUUAAUUGGUUUUUAUACACGUAACUCUUUGCAGUGAGGUAUUUCCGUCUUUAUGCAAUCAUCUUAUCAUAAGGCUCAAAUUCGUCCAAGAACCCCAUCCCCACCCGCCCUCGGCAAAAAUCUAGUCCACGUGGCGGGCGCAUGCAUCUUGUCCUUCCUCGCAUCACGUGCAUUGCUUAUUACUCUUGGCCAUAAAAACAGUAUUUUUGAAAUUCCUCAAAUUUCCUUUUGUCACAUAGGAAAAAUAAACAACCAUUAUAACUAAGUGCCUCUGAAGAAGUUUUAUGUGAUUGGUCACGGAAUCGUAUUUGUUCCAUAUAUUCAAGAGGUAUUUGGGAAAAGAGCUACACAACUUUCGUCUCAGUUUGAUUCAGUGAUAUUGAUACUUGUAAAAACACGGUCUCUGUUUCUGUUUCCUUCUUUUAUUACUAAGCCUGCGUUUCUGGCAAAAUUAUUUCGGACCUGAGAGUUGUUGAUGCGACUCUGAUUAUUCUUGCAACUGCUGUCAAACUCAGGUCGCACGUAAAUGAAACCGUCAGCUAUACCGAGUGCACUGACAGCAUGCAAAACUACUUCAGCCUGUUGAUUGCAUAAAGACAUUAUCGAAUCUAAACAUCGUCAAAAUCGCAAUUGCAUAAAUUCUCUGACAGGUGUAGUAUCCUAUUGUUUCACCUCAGAGCUAGAGAAACAAAAAGAUUUGAAGUCUAAAGCGUCGCCCAAUGGACCAGAAUGUAAAGACCUAGAAAAACAAGCGCUUGAACUUGAACUUCAGAGGCAAGAAAAACACCGGCAACAAGACGAACAAAAGAGAACGUGGAAAGAGUGGUUUAAAACUCCAGACUUUUACAAGGUAAAAUAAUGAUUCACAGUUCUCACAUCCACAUAGUGUUUCGGUUAAUCUACCAUCCCUAAUCGAGUUGCAAUUUCUAAAUAUAGUAAAUGAUCUUAGAGCGGUUUUCAUUUGAGUAUCGUAAAACCAAAACCAAAGUAAUUACUCUAGCCAAUUACAAAGGACACAGACAAAACAGUGAACCAAUUAAAACUACGCAAAGCGCGGGAAAAUGCAUGCGAGCGUGACACAAUUGGUUUUGGUUUUCCUUCUGAUUGGAUAAAAAAGUGGCGCGAAUCUUUUAAGCCAAUCACGUAGCGUAGUAAACGCAAAACCAAUUACCUUUCGACACUCAAAUGAAAACCGCUCUAUAGACAUCCUCUCUUAAAUAAACGCCCCCUGACGAUUUUAAGUUUGUAUUAGAUGCCCCCGGCUCUCCAAUAAACGCCCCCCUGACUAAGAGACACCUCACAUUGCGGUUGCUCCAAAAUACUUGUCUAGGAAAUAGUGAAAUAGAGCAAAACCUUUGAAUUUAUUAAGUUUCCUGUCUGAUAAAACAAGAGUUUGCCCAUUUCAUCUUGUUCUAGUUCAUGUCUAGUUCAAAGUAAGGAUUCUGAUAUUGAAGUUGAGCUUUAAAAAAACGAUCUGGAUCUCUAAACGGCCUAGAAGUAUCAAUGUCUGGAGUAUUUUUCAGACUGUUGUGAUAUAUUUAACGAAAGGAGAGUUUUGUAAGUGGAGUUCAGGGGCGGACCUAGGGGGAGGGUGCAGGGGUGCACCCCCCCCCCGAGAUGACUUACGGUUUUCUAAUACAACUUGUAUUCUGCAUAAAAAAAAACUGUGUGGUUUAUUGGUGUUGAAGUAGAGCAAGAGACGAGUGCACCCCCUCCUAAAAAAAAUCCUGGAUCCGCCCCUGGAGUUUAUUACAGUUUAAGAAUAUGAGGAUAAACACCUCUAUCUUUUAUACGUCUGCUGUCUAUGGAACGCCCCUCUAUUAUUUUUCUGAAGCGCUCUAAACGGAAUUUGGGCGCAAACCAUCGGAUUUCCUGGUAAGCACCCAAGAUUACUUUUGGCCCUCCGUUAACUUGGUCGGUUACUGGAGCAAGGAAUGAGUUGUUUCAGUUUUGAAGUACAUGUCCGAAUGUAUGCUUUCGCAUUUGGUAUGACAAAAAAAACCUCUUUAAAUAAACCUAUGUUUGUUUUUAAUUUCAGGUUGUGUUUGUCUAUAUGGCGACGCAAAAUGUAGUAAACCUAAACCAGUCGUAUUUUCCAAUGUACUUGACGGAGACACUUCACUUCAACAAGGUAUAUCAUUAUUUGAAAUACAUAUCUCUCACUUUUAGUAGCCUUAACGUCAGGGUUUUUUGUGUCCAGCGAGCGAGCAGGUGGGUUUUUUUUGUACCUUGCAUUGCCCUCGUUGAUUGGGAAAGUAAAAGAAGAUCGGGUGAAGUUUUAAGUGCUAUCAAGUGGGGGUUAGAGGUGCCCCCCCCCCGAAGACCCAGCACCGUAAGUUUCCUUCUAUACUGAAAGAGAAACGAAAAAUACAUUAAAGCAAAGUAAACAGCAUUACAUACGGGGGAGAGAUGCUCAAUAGUAUUCGAGGUAGCUUGUGUAUAUAUGGCACAACAGAAGUACUGCUCAGCUCAAAUACAUCUACUUCAAGUAAAAAUAAUUACUACUUUGAAAAGCACCUUUGGUGUCUAUCGCUCGGACUAUUUCUGACUCGAUCUUUUACGUGAGUGUCGGUACUUAUAGCUUGUCUGAACAAUCCAGGAAGAAACGUUUGAAUCACGUCGCACUGAUGCUUUGGACGCAGGCAGAGAACAUAUGUCCCUAGCCUGCGUGCAGACAUUUCCUUUAUUCCUUUUGUUGCACAGAGAAAAGGGACAAUUUAAAAAUACUAGGAGACGUCUACACGCAGGCUGGUAUUUUCCUUCAAAUUUGUUUACAUUACAUUUUUACUUCUUACAGGAAGCUAUUGCAUAUUUUCCUUUAAUGAUUCUCGUCAGUGGAAUUCUUAUGAGCGGAGGAAUAAAACGACUUAACAGAUUCUUUUCAAACAGGGUAUGUAUCAGGCAGGGACAAUCAACCACUGCCUUCUCUCGAAUUCUUUAAAAACGUAUUCUUUAAGACCUGUUUUAGGCUUCGUCUGAUUUUCCAUUACUUAGAUAAAGAAAAAAAUAAUCACUCUGAGUUCAGGGUAGCCACCUUAAGCCUAGGCAAACUAUAGCCUUUUUCAAUUUAUUAAGAGCGUUCUGAGUUUCCCGAAAACCUUGGAUACUAUUUUAACGGUUUACGAUAACGCGAGAUUCAGUUUGAUACCGUUUUUCCUUUACUACUUUUGAAACCAACAUUUUAGGGGUUCUAACAAUUUUAGCAAAGUCUGUCGAGUAAAAUGUGAAAUUCACAACUUCGGAAAAUCUUAGGGAAGUCAGUAAAAAUAAAAUUCUCAUUUCACUCAAAACCAACAGCUACAACGCAAGAGAAAAUAUCCAUCGAAUUUCGGAAAUUUCUCAACUGACAGACUGAUAGAUAGCUUGUAAAAUGCUCUGAAUGACAAAACAAAUUUGGACGAAAUUUCGAGCUACGUUGUUGAACUAUCGGGAAAUUUUUAACAGAUGAGGCAAAAACAAAGUUUCCCGGCUUCGUUUUGUUCUGCUUAUUUGGCCGAGUGACCUUUAGAUUAAACUACGGGUAAAAGAUUGAGUUAAGUACAAGUUUUCAACCUCUUAACCUCCAUAAGGAGUAAGAGUUCUUACUCGCACUCAAUCUCGUACCAGUACUCUAAGCUAAGGAUCGCUAAUACCUACAUUUACGCUUGUGCCGUUUUCCUUGUAGGUAUUGUUUUGUGUAGGUAAUGUGAUCGUUAUUGGUUGUUCCACGUGGUUUUACUUCACGCCACAAUCCCAUAGGAAUGUCAUAUAUGCGCCCACGAUCAUCAUGGGCUGUGGUAACUCUAUAAUGAUAGUGACGUCAUUGGCUAUGGUAGCAGACCUGAUUGGUAAUGACAAGGUAGGUUGCAAGGCUGAUGCUUGUGAGGUUAUUAACCUUCAGUGAGUGCAGGAAAAUUGCGAGGCAAGCAUCAAGCGAUGAUUAGACUCCAUUGGAAGGCUUAGAUGUAUCCAUAGUGUAGAUAGCACACGUAAUGGAUAGCGCUAUUGCUUUCCUUUUAGAUUGGUCACAGUCACCUAUUUUUCCUUUAGAAGGUCCAGAUGAAGCGCGCACUUUCCGUUACGGGAGACCAUUUUGUUUUCAAAUUUAACAAGGGGGCUGGCGUCGGGGUUAAGACAGUGCGGACGCGGGAGAGAGGCUCCUUCUCCCAACCCGUAAUCAUCUCCAGACUAGACACAAACAAAGGAAAACUUGAAACCACGAUAGCCGUCCGUAAGAGUAAGCGCUAGAUCCGGACAUCUUACAGUAAAAUAGGGGACUCUGAACAGUCUGGUUCAGUUUUAGUUUAUUUAUUGCCAGAAAAAAAAUAAACAGUCAUUUAAUAUAAUAUUACAAAAAUGAUAGUUAAGAUUAAAAGUGACGAAAAUUACUUUAUUAGGGGAAUUAGAGGUUAUCUUUCGGGUGAAGAAGCUCAAAUUGAAACCGUAGGGGCUUAUUACCAUGAGUUCCCUCCCUAACCUAAGAUUAAAAAAACAAUAAAUAAUUAAGCGGCGAAAUCUUGUUGAAAUAUAUUUAGACGGGAUAAAAAGCAAGCAAAACAAAACACAUUAAACGAACAAAAAGCAGCAAAAAACAAGUAGUAUUUACAAGCAAGUUGUGAAUCAGCUAAGGAGAAAUGUUUUCAAUCCGGCAGUUAUAAGGGAGAGAUCAGAGUAGACUGCGUUUCUUCCGUUUUUUUAUUGAUCACUGGAAUUGAAAACCGACUUGUCGUUACAAAGCCAACAGCACCACCAUCAUCACCUCACUUUUCUUUCUUAUUGGUAUAACUUUUUUUUUUCUUUUUGCAGAAAUCUAGUGGUUUUGUCUACGGUGUUUGUUCUUUGAUGGACAAAUUGUCGCUUGGCUUCAUCGUUUUAGCGUUACAAGAAAAUUACCCGCAGCAGGACACAACAACAGGGUAAGUAAAACGUGUCUUCCAGUUGUACAGAACUAACGCAUUGAAAUGGUUGUGCAAGAAGCUUGCUGUUUUUUGUGGGAUCUUAGACGUUGCCUUCUUCUGGUCAAUAGCCGAGUUUCAUAAUGAUGCGCAAAAAGCACGACUUUGGUUUUGGCGGAUCACUGUUUUUUUCAUGUUUCUUAGCGAAUAAGGACGUGUAAUUGGCAUUGUUAACAAAAUGAACUACCUUAUCAGUACUUAAUUUCGCGAUUUUGGCGAGGCUAUAUUUCGCGAGGUUUUAUUUUUGCGAUUUCAUUGGCAAAUAUGAAAAAGGCGUAUAAUUUCGCGAUUCAGGCGUUCUCAACUUCACUUAUUUUUCAAGAGGUCUGAACUUUUAUAGUUUUCUAGAUAAACUGGAACAAACAAAACGAAUCAGAUUGAUGAAGAUUAUAGCUAGAUUCUCUAUUCCAUGUGAAAUCUUUACAAAUUAACGGUAUUUAAUAAUGUCACAACUGAAGAUACAUAAUGAAACUUACCAGGAAAAUCACUUAAUAAUUUGUGAAUUUGUCCAUACGUACCAUGGUGUUGUUAAUUUCAUGUAAUUUUUUUUUCUGUAAUUUGAAUUUUCUAAAUUUUGCGUGUUUAAAUUUCGCGGGGAUUUUUACUCGCGGGUCUUAAAUUUCGCGAUUUUUUUACAAUCGCGAAAAAGGCAACAAGUAAGUAAUCAUUUGCGGUACUGUACAGUACCGAUAAAGGUAUUUGUGACGCAAAAAGCUCACAGUUUGCCAUUGAGGGGCUUGAAAUGAUAUUCCUCUUUUAAUGUUUCAGACCAUGUGGUGAACCUUGUGCCCGGUACCUUAGGGGUGCUUUCUCCGUUUUUCCUGGUGUCGAGGCUUUACUUGCGUUUUUGGUUGUUGCGGUGUUAUAUCGCCCUGCUUCGAAUAAAAAUGCUAAACGACGAAUGACAGGUAUGAGGCUAUGAAUCAUGUUUUUGAAGUUGAAUUUUUUUUUUUUGCCUGGAAUGAGCUGUUGAUUAUGUUAGUUUUGAGAAAUUUGGAUAGAUUAUGAGCUGCAAGCAAUAACUGGCAAAACAAAUAUCGUAUUUAUCGAGUUGAAAAAAAAAAACAAACAAACAAUGCCCCAUGUUAACCGACCAUCAUACAUUACAAUUUCCAUCAAAAUGAGUUAAAUUCGAAUACCGUAAAAUUCCGAAAAUAAGCCCCGGGGCUUAUAUUUUUCAAAGGCCCCUUUUGAGGGGCUUACAUUCGGAGGGGCUUAUCUACGGAGGGAAACUUGCGUUUCAAAAUCGAUCGGGCUAGCCUUAUAGCUGGAAGUAAAUUUACCGUUUUUGCUUUGUUGCUGCGGAGCGACCGAAGGGAUCGAGCAGCAACAUAAUCAGGAUUUAAAGGAAAUAUAUAAGGGGCGACGAAUUCUCGAAUUCAUCACUUUUUACCACAAUGCAUUGCAUUUAACCACACUUUUAACCACAAUGCAUUGCAUUUAACCAGAGUGCAUUGCGCCACGAACAACUCAAAUAAAAACACGGGGAAGUUCGGUGGGUGAGAGAGUGCAUCGUUCGCUGUUCAGACUUAGAGUUUUCUUUGUGGCAAAUUUUCUACAGCACGGUUAGAGGUCUUACCAAAUUUUAAGACACGUAGGAGUCUUUCAGAUGAGUACGAUGGUUAACUUGGGGAUUGGAUUUCAAUUCAAGAGCCUUUGACUCGUCCAGGUGUUAAACCUGACCAGAAGAUGAGCAUUUGCUCUUCGACUCCGCAACACGGGGGAUAUACAAAUUCCAGCUUGCUAGAAGGUGAUGUGAGAGUGAGAAAAUGUCAUGCAGUGCUAUUCUUAAGAAACUGUAUGAGCCGAAAAUGGAUGUGAUUUUGACCAUUCGCUUCAAAAUAACAGCGGAAAUCGAGAUAACAAAACAUAUGUUUUGUGUCCUACUUUGCAGACGAGGACGUGUAUCGGCGUUUUGAAAAGCAUAAUUAUGUUCUUUCAUUCAUUCAUUGCCAUGGAAUAUGCGUUUACAUUGUUUUUUCACUGUUAAUAGCUCGGUUAAUGCGGCUGGCGAUCAUCUUGCCGGCGGAAGUUUCAUGGAAAAGGAAUAAAUCAAGACUUUUCCUCAAGUUUACGUAAUCAGCCUCUGUGGUGUAGUGGUUAGGUGUAGUCGCGUCGAGCCGAAGGUGCAGGGUUCGAGUCCUACCGAAUUCUUAAUUCCUUCUUUCUUUUUUUUCUUCCGUUAUUUGCGUUGUUGUUUUCUAUAAAUAUAUAGCUAAAUAACUGUUACUUAAUAAAGUGCAACAAACAGCAAGAAAAGUAUUGUGUUUCCAGAGAAAAUAUCGUGCACCGUAUAUUAAAUAUAUGGAUAAACAAUCUGAAUUUCUAUUAUUUCCUACAAUUUACUGUGGGAAAACCAGAGUUAUAACCACUUGAUCAUUUUCUAAACAACUUUCCCACGAGUUCUUUCUAUAGACUGAUCGUAAUUAUUCUAGUACUUUCCAACAUGUAAAUAGGACAUUCAAUAUCAUUUUCGAUUCUUUUAAGUCUCGCAGCAUUACUAUCUUUUAGAUACCCCAGUUUUACUUUGUAUUUUAGGGAAAUUUUCCAAGUACAAGCCCCCGGGGGGCUUGUAUUUGGAGUGGCGAUUUAACGGAGGCUUUUUUGUGUUACCGGUUUGGGGGGCUUAUACAUGGAGGGGCUUAUUUUCAGAAUUUUACGGUAGUCUGUUACGUUAACUUUGAAUGCAAUUCGUGUUUAUCUUCUGGCGCAUUGUCCGGGCCAUUUGUGGUUAUACAGUACCUAGCAGUUAUUUUCACACUUCAGCCUUUCUUUAGGCAAUGAAGCUUUAAAAGGUUUAUCGUCUUUGUAUGUAUGAAAUGACGUUCGUUUUAUAACAGAUUCCUUAUCCAAACUGUAACAAUUAUUGUGUACAUUUUCUUAAAAUUUCAGUUACAAGUAAAGAUGACUGUACAGAAGAUAUUGAAUUUGACCGACUGCCUUAUCUGAAGUCUACAGAAGUAUAACACUGCAAUUAUAUCUGCCUCCCCCUCACGUGACCAUAAUAUCAACAUAGUAUCUGUCAUAUCUAUGGUCGGAGUAACGAUUCACGUAACCGGCUACUGACGCUGGUGGACCGAACAUGAUGCAGAUCAGUCGUAUGGUUACACAAGUGGUUCUGGCUGAACAAGGUGCAAGAUACUUGGGAAACCAGAUAAAAAAUGAUAGAAGGCCUCAUCAUAUUGACAUUGUUUCUUUAUCAUAGUACAAAUAAAAUUAGCUAUUGUUAAAAUUAAAGUAUUAAAAUUUUUUAAAGUUAUCUUUCUAUGAGCUAUUUAUAUGACAAGUUCCUGUUUCGAGGGAAUAGUCUAUUAAUCAAAUUGAUUAUGAUAAUUAUAUGUUAAUGAUAAAUUAUAUUUUGGGGCUUACAGGGACUUUAAAUGUUAUGUUGUGAAGAAAUUCUAUCCUUGGUUUAGAUUUUUUUCCAAAUGUUUUGGGCGUGGUUAUGUAUGACGACGAGUUUGGAACAAAGAAAAAUAAAAUUCAAACCACGACUUUUACAUACCCUUUUGAUUUGGUCGUGGUUAAUACUGAAGUAUGAAUGAUUAAUUUAUUCUUUUAUUUAAAUUGAAUCCCUGACGUUACUUUGCUAGUCAAACCAUAAAAAAAUGUAGCAAACGAUCUGUUAAACUGGUUUUAAGCUUUUUUUUUCUGGAUACAUAUGCUCCAUAGUUCAAUACAUAUGUUUUCAAACGAAUUUUUGUCAAUGUUACUCUUCACAGUUAACUGAUGAUGUAGCUUUAUAUGGUGUCGAAACAAACUAGUUAGCAGGCUAAAAUAUAUCAUGUCAAAAGGUUAAAAAUACCCGAGGUCUAUUUCCCUCAAUUGUACUUCGUACUUAAGUGUAACUGUUUUUGAUCCUACAUUUUUCUUGUAUAUCCUUGCCAUUGUCACUAGUUAAUUUUCUAAACAACUGAUAUAGUCACUUUACAAAAAGUUCUAUUUUUUAAAGUUGUAUUGUGGGGUACUUGUUUUCUAAAGAUCUGGGUUUUGGUUAACUCAAUAAAAAGGUUUUUUGAUGCGC